AUGAGUUUGUGGUAUCGAUUGCUGCCGCUGCGCCCCCACAAUGAGGUGCCAGACGCCAGCACAAAAGUGGGCAGCUCUGGACAUGCUGCACCGCUGCCACCACCAGCUCCUUCGGUGGGUGUACCUGCACCAAUCGCUGAUCCCAAUUUCAUUGAUCCAGCCUGGCAGGUGCCCACCUCAGAUGAGACGGCCGUGCCCAAGGACGACGAUGGCGAGAGCUGGUUGGAACUCCUGCGGGAUGGUUUGGACGCCUCAGAGAAUGAGUACAAGCAGCCGCCUCCCUUUCCAAGGGUGAUGCACUUCGCAGCACCACCUGGGCCGGUGCCGGAGGGCAAAUUCCCACGGCAGGUGUUGGAGCAGCAGCGGGCAGUUCUUGCGAAGUUCAGACCGGAUCCACCACCAUCCAAGUUGGAAUGCUCAGCUGUGCAGCCCGAUAUGGAUUUGCCUGGAUUGGCUGACUUGAUUUCGCUGAGGGGCAAAAUGAACUCUGGAAAAGGUGGCAAAGGAAUGGUGCACAGCUGA